AUGAACAAAACGGACAUCCCGCAACAAAACAACAUUAAUCCGUCUGUACCACUUCCUCCUCCAUUAGCACUGGAAGGGGACAUGGAGGAGAAUUACAACUUCUUUUUGGCUAACUGGAAUAACUAUUCCAAGGCAGUUGGAAUGGACAAAUGGCCCCCGGCGGACAACGGCAAAAUUGUGAGCUUUUUGUUGUCCGUUAUCGGCGAGGCAGCUUUGAAGAAAUAUUUUAACUUCGAACUGACGCAAGACCAACAAAACAACCCGGAAGAUGCACUAAGGGCAAUCAAGGCAAAAGUGGUUCGUGCCAGGAAUCUAUUCGUCGACAGGUUGGAUUUCUUUUCAGCAAAUCAGAUAUCCACCGAGUCAAUCGACGAUUUUGCUACGCGGUUGAAGAGCUUGGCAAAGAAUUGCAAAUUUGCAGCAUUAGAAUCGGACCUCGUUACAUACAAAAUAGUAACGAGCAACAAAUGGGUGCAUUUGCGAACAAAAAUGCUCACAAUGCAGGAUUUGACGACGGACAAGGCCAUUGAUAUGUGUCGUAUCGAAGAAAUAACCGAGCAACGCUGUAACCAGCUGGAAACAAAUACGGAGGUGAAGAAGAUUAACAAGAAUAGUAAGAAUCGUAUGCAGUUUAAAUUCUGUGGGGAUCGACACGAAUUUAUCAAAGGAGCAUGUCCGGCAUUCGGGAAGAAAUGCAAUCGAUGCGGCGGAAGAAAUCAUUUUGGAAAAGUGUGCAAACUCGGAGGACGAAGGAUGGAAAAGAAUGAAAGAAAACGUGUGAAAGAAGUGAAGGGCUGUGACAAUAUGUCUAAUGACGACUCAAGUUCAUCGGAAGUUGAAGAAUCAGGAAGUGAGUACGAAGAAAGUGAACGUGAAGUACAGAUUGGUAAAGUUAGUGGAAGUGGAAAAUCGGAUGUCGAAAACAGUGCCCUUGCCUCUCUUGAGAUCAAGAUUGGUGAUGAAUGGAAGAAGGUGACCUGUGAGAUCGAUACAGGAGCUAACGCAACACUAAUUGGCUACAACUGGUUAAUUAAGUUGACAGGAAGUGUUAAUCCAAUCGUUGAACCAAGUAACGUUAAACUGCGCGCUUUUGGAGGUAGUUCGAUAUCCGUACUGGGACAAGUGAAGCUUCCGGUGAAGAGGAAGGGACGAAAGUAUUUGUUGGUUCUUCAAGUUGUGGAAAACGAUCAUCGUCCGUUGUUGUCGUUGAAAGCUUCGCGUACACUCGGUUUGAUAAAGUUCUGCCAUUCAGUUCACGUUCGUAAGUCGAGUCUGGACAAUAACCAUAACCUUUUGAACACAUAUCUUGUGAAAGCCGAAACCAUAGUGAAGAAACACAGUGACAUUUUUGAAGGUUACGGUAGAUUUCCCGGAAUGGUGACGUUGGAGAUCGACGAAAACGUGAAACCUUCAAUGCAACAUCCGAUUGCGUUACGUCCGAAGCUGAAACAUGAACUAGAAAAGUUGCAGAAGGAAGGUUUGAUAGUGAAGGAAACUGCACAUACGGAUUGGGUCAGCAACAUCGUUUUGGUUCGUCGUGGCAAUAAGGAAAGUGACCCAAUACGGAUUUGUUUGGACCCGAUACCGUUGAAUAAAGCGUUGAAACGUCCAAAUUUACAGUUCAAUACGGUUGACGAACUUCUUCCCGUACUAGACUAUCAAGGCAGAAAGCGAUCGUUUUUGGUCACGGUGGACCACUACUCCGAUUUCUUCGAGGUGGAUCUGCUGAACGAUUUAACACCGCAAUCAGCGAUAGCAGUAUGCAAGAAGAAUUUCGCACGCCAUGGAAGCCCACAAAUCGUAGUAAGCGACAAUGGUACGAACUUUGUCAACCAGGAGUGGAAACUGUUUGCACAGGAGUGGGACUUUUGCCACUCUACAUCAGCGCCACAUCACCAGCAAGCUAACGGCAAAUCCGAAGCAGCCGUCAAGAUUGCCAAACGUCUUCUUCAGAAAUCUCAGGAGGUUGGCAAUGAUUUUUGGUACUCUUUGCUACACUGGCGUAACAUCGGUUGUUUUCUAGAAACACACGAUGCGGAAUUCCUACAGCAGCAACAAACCUUCUGCCACGAGUCAUCGAAAACGUUCCGGAUGCUAUUGAAAAAAACAGGAGAAAAAUAA